AUGAAGUUUGCCACUGUCCUUGCUUUCGCCACCGCAGCUGGCGCCGCUUUUGCUAGCCCGCUCGCCUCCUCAGAGACUACCGAGGCUGGUCAGCUGUCCAAGCGCCAGUCGAUCAACUACGUCCAGAACUACAACGGUAACGCUGCCAACUUCAAGUAUGACCAGCACGCCGGAACCUACUCAACGAGAUGGACAAACCCUCCCGACUUUGUUGUCGGUCUGGGCUGGAGCCCAGGUAACAGCUAUCGGACCAUCAAAUUCAGUGGCUCCUACUCGUCCAGCUCGAGCUCGUACAGCGCCGUCUAUGGAUGGCUCAACAAUCCGUUGACCGAGUACUAUGUGGUUGAGAAUUACUCAUAUGACCCUUGCUCUAACAGCGGAGCCCAGGUGGUCGGCUCGGUCACCUCGGACGGUUCAAACUACAAGAUCUGCAAGCACACUCAGUACGAUCAACCUUCGAUUCAGGGCACCAAAACGUUUGGUCAGUACUUUUCGGUGCGUGCCAACAAGCGCAACUCGGGCUCAGUCACGCUCUCGAAACACUUCAACGCUUGGAAGCAGCACGGCUUCGCCAACGGCGCUGCCAAUCCAGACUUCAACUACCAGGUCUUUGCCACCGAGGCCUUUGGCGGUACUGGUUCUGCCUCGAUGUCCGUCUCUGGUUGA